UUUGUUCAUGCAGGCCAACAUAGAAUUAUCCAUCGCGAUAUCAAGGCUGCAAACAUUCUACUAGACUACAAUUAUGAAGCCUUGGUGGCAGAUUUCGGGUUGGCUAAGCUUACCUCUGAUAAUAAUACUCACGUCUCGACUCGUGUUAUGGGAACAUUCGGGUACUUGGCUCCUGAAUAUGCAUCCAGUGGAAAGCUAACAGAGAAAUCAGAUGUGUUUUCAUAUGGAGUCAUGCUGUUGGAACUCAUAACCGGGAGGCGACCUGUUGAUCCUAAUGAUAAAUACAUGGAAGACAGCUUAGUAGAUUGGGCUAGGCCGCUUCUUACAAGAGCACUGGAAGAGGGAGUAUAUGACGGAUUGGUAGACGUGCGCCUUGAAGGAAACUAUGAUACAGAUGAGCUACAUCGCAUGGUAGCCUGUGCUGCUGCUAGCAUUCGCCAUUCUGCUAAAAGACGCCCUAAAAUGAGCCAGAUUGUACGUACCUUAGAAGGCAAUGCAUCGUUGGAGGACUUGAACGAUAGCGCAAGACCUGGAAAGACACCUAGCUUUGCGGCCUCAAGCGGGGCGACCCAGGCCUAUGAUACUGCUAUGUAUAAUGCUGACAUGAUGAAAUUCAGGAAAAUGGUUAUGACAACUCAAGAAUUCAACAACGGUGAACAUGGAAGUACUCCAAGUGAGUAAAGGCUCAACCCUUACUCUCCUCCUCGGGCAGUGACUGCAGAGAUUUUGGUGCCUCGGGGAGACGAGAGUUAUUAAAAGGAAUGAACUGCUGCUUUGCUUAAGGUUCACCUGAAGCUUGAGAAUUUUUUUCAAAUGGUUCUUGACUGGAAUCGGUAACAGAGAUUUGAGAUAAAUUUUAACAAUGUCUAUGAUGUACAUUUACUCAUAUCUUGAUUUGAAUAACAAAGUUUAUAGGAUCAGAAUGCAUUUAUGCUUUUUUGCUUAAUUCAAUUUGUACAGCAGUUCACAUACAAUUUCUACUGAAAUGCUGAAAACCCUUCAGUUAACAAUAUAGUGAUAUAUGCCUGCUAGUAUACUAGUAGUAUGUUACUCCUA